AUGGAGGAGCUUCUUCGACUGCCUCUCUCGCGUGCCCUCGCGGGGCGGCGGCCGUCCCUCCGGCAUUGCGGCGAACUCCGCUGCUUCGCCUCUCUCGCGCGCAGAGUAGUCUCGCAGGAACUCGCCGGAGGCCGCCCCUCGUGGUCGCGGCUGCGCGCCGGGGAGGAGACGGCGGAGAGUCGGCAAGGAACCCCAGGUGAAGGAGGCGCGAGCGGCGAAGGUGCGCGGGCGGCGGGCGAUGCGAACGGCGCGCGGUUGCGAAUGGAAGCAAGCGUGCUUCCUCAGAUUCCUCAGAUUUCUUCUCUCCGUACCUUUCUGAACCCUCACGGCAGGCUGCCGCCCCAUCGCUUUCGGCUCUCCUCUUCGCCGGCUGCGGCAGCGGCCGCGGCGUCCUCGGCGCUCGCCUCUGAGUCCGCCACCUCAGUGCGCGUGGCGGCAGGGGCGCUGUAUGUCAUUCACACGUUUUAUCUUCAUCCAUACGAGUUUCUUUUGUUCGAGGAGGCGCUCUUUCGUCUGCUGAACAACGGCAGCCCGCCGAAGGCCGCGCGCGACGCCGCAGUCGCCUGCCUGUUCCUUCAUCACCCCCCGUACGCGCCCUGCGCAGCGCCUUCUUCUGCCUCGCCUCAUUCUGCUGCCUCGCCUCUGUCUUCUGCGUCUUCUGCUCCAUCUGCGAGCGUGGUUUUCGGCUUGAGCGGUCGCCCGGCCGCGUUUGUGAAGGACGCCGAGCAGGUUUUCUCGUCGCGAGACGCAAUCUUCAUCCGCCGCUUCUCUGGCGGCGGGACGGUUGUGAUGGACGCGGAGACAUGCGUCUGUGCGUCGCUGCUUCUCCCGCAUGCACUCUCGCGCGCCCGGCCCUACCCUGGCGACUUUAUGCGCUUCGCCUUCGAUUUCUACCGUGGCGAAGGCCGUGCGCGGGGCCCAACCGUCGGCGCGGCGGAGGAGGCCGCGAGCAGAGCGAGCUACGCAGUCCUGAGGCCCGAGACGUGCCCAACCCGCGAGGCCCCUCAGGAGCUCCACGGCGACGCGGCCCCGGGCUCGGUGUCUCGUCCGCGGGACGGCAUGGUCGGGGAUUUCUUCUGUUUGGCCGUUCCACCGGCUGCCGCGUCGCGCGCGCCGCCUCCGUCCCUCGGCCUCGCUGGGGCCCCGUCGUCCUCGCAGCCGAACUCGGCGGCCUCUCGCUUCGCCUCCUCGCCCUUUUCGGGCGCAUUUGCUCUGCGCGAGAACGACUUCGUGGUGAGGACGCUGCCGGCGCCUGCCUCGCCUCUUUCUCCACCGCCCUCUGCGCAGGCGGCCGAGUGGAUCAAGGUUGCAGGGAACGCGCAGGCCCUCUCGCGGAUCUACGGGCUGCAGCACACGUCCUUACUGUGGAAUCUCGACGCGUUGCUGCCGCGCAUGAGCGCGCUUCUUCGCGUGCCUGAGAAACAGCCCAAGUACCGCAGCCAACGGUCGCACGCUGCCUUCCUCGCCGGCGUCGCGCACGCGCUCAAAACGCAUGUCGCCCUGCCGCCGUGGCUGACUGGAGCCCCAGCCGAACGGCGCGGGCGCGGUCGCAGCGGCGUCGACCUCGACAGGCGCGCACCCCAAGGCAUCCCACCUGGAGUCGUCAGCGACCACGAAGAAGGAGCCAGGGCGACGCCGGCGAGCGGCGCAGAGACCGAGGAGACGCAGCCGACGCCUGCCGCGGCCGGCGCGCGGCGCGCGCGGCGCGGCGAUGAAAAGGAAGCGAAAGGAACAGAGCAGCACCCCGAGAGACGCUCGGUUCGUCUGGAGACUCCGACAGAUGCCUUGCUCUGCCUCAGCGUCCUCGCAGAAGACUUCGCAGCUGCGCGGAACGCAGAGACGCUUGAGAAUCUCCGCCUUGCGCGCGCGCAGGCCUCCAGCAGCGGGCAAUGCAGUGGCGCGCCCGACAGCGACGCGGACGCCAACGAGACAGAAAAAGAGAACGAAAAUGGCGGAGACGAGCCGCGGCUGUGGCGAUGCGUCCACUGCGUGUUGACACCGGAUGACGCCCUGCCGCGGGAGUUCUUUUCUCAAUGGCAGCGCCUUUACGGUCGCGCAGCAGAAGGGGACGGCGCGGACCGCCCCGAGGCUCGCGACAGUGAAGCCGGAGGAGCCCAAGGAGCAGGAGGCGACCGCGAAGAGGGCGAAGGCGCGGCAUCCAGCGGCAGAGAGACUCUUCAACAUUCUCAGCGUCUGCUUUACCAGCUGCGAUCGGCGGUUGCCCGCGACGCCAUACACGAACUCGUGAACGGGGGUUUGAAGAGCUACCGAGCUACGCGCUUCAUGGACGCGGAGGGACGCCUCAUCGCAGACGAGACCUACCGAACUCUUUUAGAAAUCAACCGGUUCGUUCCGCUGGUGUCUCAAUCAGAAACAGACUCCAGCUGA